AUGGGUUACGAUAGGCUCGGAGAAUCAGGUUCGGUAACACACCCGAACCAGAAAGAUCCCGCCACGUCACUCCCUGAGCUACAGAAGAAAACUAAAACGAAGGCAAUUCUCUUCAGUUUGGCGCUUUUGGUAGUUGCAGUGGUCUGCUUCGGGAUCUUUGCCGGCAUCCGAGCUGUAGGUUCGGAUCGUGGCGAGCCGAAAUUAACCCGUAAACCGACGCGGGAAAUCUCCCGAACCUGUAGCAAAGCUCAAUACACGAACCUCUGCAUCGACACGCUUCUCGAUUUUCCGGGAUCUUUAACCGCCGACGAGCAAGAGCUCAUCCACAUCUCCUUCAACGCGACGCUUCGGAGUUUCAGCAAAGCGCUUUAUUCCUCUUCGACGAUCACGUUCACUGAGAUGACGCCACGUGUACGGUCGGCUUACGACUCUUGCCUCGAGCUGCUCGACGACUCUGUAGACGCGCUCUCACGCGCACUCUCCUCCGUUGUUGUCGUCUCCGGUAACGACGAGUCUCAUUCCGAUGUUAUGACGUGGCUCAGCUCUGCGAUGACUAACCACGACACAUGCACGGACGGAUUCGACGAAAUGGAAGGAGACGGAGGAGGAGUGAAGGAACAAGUAAUCGGAGCGGUGAAGGAUUUGUCGGAGAUGGUGAGCAAUUGCUUGGCUAUAUUCUCCGGUAACGUCAAAGAACUAACCGGAGUUCCGGUGGUGAACAAUAGGAAGUUGCUUGGCACUGAAGAAACAGAGGAAUUUCCGAACUGGCUGAAGAGAGAAGACAGAGAGCUUCUCGGUACUCCUGCGACGGCGAUCCAAGCCGAUAUCACGGUGUCAAAAGACGGUAACGGCACGGUUAAGACGAUCGCAGAGGCGAUCAAGAAAGCGCCGGAGCAUAGCAGCCGCCGGUUCGUCAUCUACGUCAAAUCAGGAAGGUACGAAGAAGAAAACCUAAAAGUCGGGAGGAAAAAGACAAACUUGAUGUUCAUCGGAGACGGCAAGGGUAAAACGGUCAUAACCGGUGGAAAAAGCAUCGCUGAUGAUCUCACCACUUUUCACACCGCCACUUUCGCGGCUACUGGAGCUGGAUUUAUAGUGAGAGACAUGACGUUUGAGAACUACGCCGGACCGGCGAAGCACCAGGCGGUGGCGCUCCGAGUCGGCGGAGACCACGCGGUGGUUUACCGUUGCAACGUCAUCGGCUACCAAGACGCACUCUACGUGCAUUCAAACCGACAGUUUUACCGAGAAUGCGAUAUUUACGGAACGGUCGACUUCAUAUUCGGAAACGCAGCUGCGAUCUUACAGAGCUGUAACAUCUACGCUCGUAAACCGAUGCCGCAGCAGAAAAUCACGAUCACGGCUCAGAACCGGAAAGACCCGAACCAGAACACAGGGAUCUCUAUCCACGCUUGUAAGCUACUAGCCGCGGCGGAUCUUGAGGCCUCCAAAGGGAGUUAUCCGACGUAUCUCGGCCGUCCGUGGAAGUUGUACUCUAGAGUUGUGUACAUGAUGUCGGACAUGGGAGACCAUAUUGACCCGCGUGGGUGGUUGGAGUGGAACGGUCCGUUUGCUUUGGACACGUUGUAUUACGGUGAGUAUAUGAACCGAGGACCGGGGUCAGGUACGGGUCAACGGGUCAAGUGGCCCGGUUAUCGUGUUAUUACCUCGACAGUCGAGGCCAGCAAGUUUACGGUGGCUCAGUUCAUUUCCGGUUCGGCGUGGUUGCCGUCAACCGGCGUGGCCUUCUUCUCCGGCUUGUCACAAUAG